AGACUAGAUCUUGCCCAACUAUGGUAAACACUCGAUCUUCCGCAACUGAUGGCAAUCCUGAUGUCGGCAACACCCUAGCCCAACAGAAUGAUCCCUUGGCCGCCAUCGCUGCCCGACUGGACAUUCUGGAUGAGUUACGAGACAAAGUAGCAGCUUUAGAAGUCCACAACCGCAAUCCAACAACAAAGAAGAAGAUCUAUGCCGACGAUUCCGAGGAGGAAUCAGAAUCUCAUUCACGACGACACUUCCGGCCUCCGUAUGCAAAAAUUGAGUUUCCCAAAUUCUCAGGAGGUGACCCACGUGGCUGGAUUUUGAAAGCAGAGAAAUAUUUUCGGUACUAUGAAACACUGGAUGAAGAAAAGGUGGACAUAGCAUCGAUGUAUCUUGAAGGAGAUGCAUUGGACAUGUUUUCUUGGGCUUUAUCGGAACGUACGGUGUUGUACUGGGAGGAAUUGGUCAAGAUAUUGCAAGAACAAUACGGACCUCCGGAAUACCAAAAUCCAGAUGAGUACCUCGCAGCUGUUCAACAGGUGGGAACUGUCCAAGAAUAUCGUGUGGAAUGGGCGCGACGAGUAGCAAGGGUGAAAAAUUGGCCUGAUCACUGCCUGCUUGGGAUUUUCCUGAACGGAUUGAAGGAGGAAUUGCGCUCUGAGGUGAGAAUACACAAACCUCAGAGUGUCUAUCGUGCGACAAGUUUGGCCCUAGAGAUGGAGAAAAAGCUGCAGGGUACCAAAAGUACCCGACCUUGUUCAACUGCAAGUUCAGCCCGAGCCACUUACAGCACCAACUCGGGCAGGAAUCAAUCUGUAACUGAUUUGUCAGCAAAGACCUCGACUUCGCACAAUCCUACGUCGCAAAACCCAGGUUCCUCACAAUCAGUCAUUCCCUUUCGCUCUAAUUCGUGGGAUACUACUCGGCAAGAACGACGAAACAAAGGGCUCUGUUUCCGCUGUGGAGACCCUUUUCGACCAGGGCACCGUUGUACGACAUCCACUUUCUCACUAAUGGAAGUAGAUGUGGAAGGAAAUCCAAUUCCGGAAACAUUUGAGCCUGCUCCUGAAAUGGAAGAAAUCAUAGAAGAGGCAGAAAUUUCUUUCAAUGCCAUUCUUGGGACAUCAGCAGCGGCAACAAUGAAACUACAAGGAUCAAUUCAAAACCGCAAUGUCCUGUGUUUGGUUGAUAGCGGCUCCACCCACAACUUCAUCUCAGAAAGGUUGGUAAAUGAAUUAAAUUUAGUUACCACCUCUAUUCCGGUGUUGGGGGUACAGAUUGGGGAUGGCAGCCUUGUGCGAUGUGGAAAAAUAUGCAAGGCCGUAAAAUUGCAGCUUCCAGGUUUGAGUAUUACUCAGGAUUUUUAUCCAUUUUCUCUAUCUGGAUCUGAUCUCGUGCUAGGCAUCAAGUGGUUGGCUUCUCUGAACACUAUUCAAGCCAACUGGAAUGAAAUGUUUCUGAUUUUCUGGGUAGAUGGGAAAAGGUAUAAAUUGCAGGGAAUUCCCAAAUCCACUAAAUCCGAAGCGGCUCUGCACUCCAUGAUGGCUGUUGGCACUAAUGAGUUUCCAACCAACAGCGAAGUCAUGGAUUUGGAGGAAUUCUAUAUGGAAUUUGCAGCUGUCUUUCGUGAGCCUACAACACUACCACCGAUCCGGGAGCACUACCAUACGAUUCCUCUUCUUCCUGGAUCAAUUCCACCUAAUUUGAGACCUUACAGGUGUCCAUAUUUUCAGAAAAAUGAGAUUGAAAGACAGGUUAAUGAGUUGCUUCAGAAGGGUUUCAUCCGUCACAGUUCAAGUCCGUUUGCCAGUCCGGUGCUCUUAGUAAAGAAAAAGGAUGAAACAUGGCGUAUGUGUGUUGAUUACAG